CCAGAUCCGACGGAACACGAGAACGAGCCAACCUCGCAUAGAACACAUCAAAUUUCGAUUCCCCGCUGAAGUUCAAGAUGGCCAUGGCGGCGGUUCGAUUCGCAGCGAGGAGGUUCACUGGCCAGCAAUCGCAGGCGAUUCUUAGGUCGGCCGUUGCGAAUGAACAAGCGGUGCUCAACCGCGGCGGCUCGCCCGCCUAUGCUCUACGCCGGUUCACCUCCUCCGAGGUUUCUGCUACCAAGGGACAUAGAAUCAACACCGAGCAUCCUUCUGUUUCAGGGGAUAUCCUUAUAAGGAUUGCUCAUCAGAAGAAAAAGGAACUCUUCGAUCUGCUCACUGAGAUACAGAUGAAUAAUGAUUUUCCUUACAUAAUGAGAAUGCGAGACAGGCGGCUUCUCCAGCGUCUUGCCACACAUGUUGAUCGCAGAGCUGUUAACCCUGAAUGGCGCCGGUAUUCUCGAGAAUAUUUAAUCAAUUCUCUCUUGCGUAAAGGAGCAACUAUCUUAGCUUUCCUUUAUAUGUCUGACUGCUGGAGUUCAUAUUUUGACCGGAAGAAGCAAGUUGAGGGAGCUGACCGCAACAGCAAAUCCAGUGGCUCUGGUGCAGAAACAAUUGUAGAAGAAUAGUUUAUGUUUGUGAGCUCAAGCUACAGGGAGCUCAUUUUUUCAAUAACUUGCAAAGAGCAUUUCAAAGGAAUAUGAAAAAAAAAUGCAUGUAGUUCAAGAUGUAAUACUACAAAACGUUGACCAACGGGGGAAUGAUCCCUCCCUUAGCUAUACGUUGUUAGGUAGGAUGAGACUUUCCCCGCGGAUGGACGCUAGGAUAAUAACCCGGUUUAAAGUUCACCCCCUCCCUGCGAAAUUAGCGCGACAUGAGGAUUCAAACCCAGAUAGGCUAGCUGCGCACUCGCUAGC